AUGAAGACUGCACUCAUCCUGAUCUCGGUCUUGGCUGCCUUCGCCAACGCCUCGGUGCUUCGAAGCUCUUCCGUGGAGCGAGCGCCAGCCACUGUCCGUGUGAGCGGAAGCCGAUCCUCUCUCGAGCCCCUUAAGCUCACUGUGAAAGCCUUUAACGAGGAGCAUCAGCUUCGUCUGCAGCCUGCCCCCUCGCCCCUGGCUGCGGAAUUCAAGUUGCAGACAACCGCACGCGACAGUCAAGGACGACUGGUCAUUGAAGACGCACCACAUGACUCGCUCGUUCCUGAUCUAUACCAUGACCCCGAUACUGGUGCCGUGGUCUCCGUGGACGGCACUCAGGUGGAAGGCCUCAUAACGCCCACACUUGCCAUCAAGGCAAACGAAGACGGAACUCACCAGGCACAGCGACAGUACAUAGCUGAAGCCGGCGCUUACAACGACUACUUGGAAAUUCCCACAGAAGUCCGUCAGUAUCAAGCACAAGCUAAAAGCCCGAAAAGUAGUCGAGGUGCCCUCAGUGUCACAGCUGAGCUCUAUGUAAUAGUUGACAGCACCCUCGCUCAACUUUUGGGAUCCAACAGAAAAGUGAAAGAGUACCUGUCCGUGUUCUGGAAUGGAGUCAACAAGAGGUUUGCUACCAUGAGUGACCCAAAGGUCAAUCUGGUUCUGUCUGGGGCUCUUAUUGUUCGUGACUCAGCCGACGAGACUUACAUAAACGAUAAUGUUCUUCUGGAAAACUAUAUCCAUGGAGAAAACACACUUAAGUCUGUCAGCGAUUGGCUGUUCCAGAACAAAGCUACCUUGCCUGUUUAUGAUGUGGCCUACCUAAUGACGGGCAAGGACAUGGCUGAUGUUGAAUCUGGCAUGAUUCAGAAGGGUUUAGCUGGCAUCGCCUGGAGAGGAGCCGCAUGUGUUGUGGCCAGCGGUAACAAACGCUCUUUCAACACUGGCAUGGGUGAGGACAUGGGUGUGUACUAUAUGGGUGUAAUGACUGCCGCCCACGAAAUAGCACACAAUCUUGGCUCUCCUCAUGACGGUAAAGAUGGAGCAGAAGCUUGUUCAUGGGACGACGGCUACAUAAUGAGCUACAUUCCAGGCAAAGCCAACAAGCUCUUCUUUUCCUCGUGUUCCCAAAAACUGAUGAAGGAGUAUAUGGCGAGUGACGGGGGUGCUUGCCUUCGGAGGACCCAAGUAGGAGAGAAAAUUCCUCUCUCUUCCAAGCUGCCAGGUGAACUCGUCUCCAUGGACGAACAGUGCCAAAAGCAAACUGGCAAGUCAGAUGCCUAUGCCUCGAAAUCCGUGUCUGAGGACUCUCUAUGUGUCCAGCUGGUGUGCCAGUGGCAGGUGAAGGUUGGCUACAGCAUCUGGACUUACACCCAGUCGACAGGACGUCCAGCCGCCGAGGGUUCUGCAUGCAGGAGUGGCGGAACAUGUGUAACAGUUUAUGCUUGUAACUGCUUGUUCACGAAAAUGAACAUAUGCGUAGUGCGGGUGAACAACUAUGUCUGCACGGGGUGUACAUAA